AUGAGUAGAAAUGCUCGUAAAUAUAGAUUUCAUGAAUCAUAUUACGAUCACGCCUGUUUGAUUGUCAGCGAGCGAGAUGUUUUGGACAUCGACAUAAGAGGCAUGAAUUGGAGUGCUUCUUUGAGGAGACGGUGGCACGACUUGUUCCUGCUGUCCUAUUCAGACGAAAGAGCAGGGGACUACUACAACAGUACCCAUGCUAUGAGAAUGAACCGCAUGAUACAUUUCCGAAGGCAUCGAGGGUGCAUACAUCCAUUGAGCAAAUUCCGGUUAGUUUUUCUUCGCACACAUUUUCCCAAAAUAAUAUUUUAUCUCGCCAUGUUGCUCGAACUGUUUGUAAUUCUGGAUAUAUACAUCAACGCUCGAACUGGUUUCAAACAUAAUGUUUGCAAGAAGAUAGUCCUUGAUGGAUAUCACGUGUUAUUAAACUACUGCUCCACCAAGCUAUUCUUCCACAGCUUGUCUGCCAUACCUCUUGUUUUCAUCAUGUUCUUGCGGUACGGCAAAAACAUAAACUGUGCGCUCUGCAAGGCCAAUUAUUUCAACUGUGUUAUAAAUUUUCUCACAAUUAUCAACUUAUUCAGAGUGUAUGAACUAUCCUCAUACUGGAAGCGAGAUAGGAUGUCUUAUUACGAAACUAUGUGUUUUCAUUUCAUACGAAUAGGAGUCAUCAUUUGCCUAGCGAUUUCUCAGUUUCUGCACUACAGCGACAUUAUAUGUCUUAUCCAAGUCAUGAAAACCUCCGCUGUCUCGACGCCGACUCACAACUCAUCUUUCUUCGACGCUUUAUUCAGCUUUAUAUAUGUAGAAAAGGUGAAUUUUACUAACAUGAUGUAUAUAAAUGCUCAUUUUUGGAGAAUAAUGAAUUUCUUGGCACGACCGAGUUUCAGCUUGACAUUAAAAACUACAAAUUACAAAUACGCUGUUAUAUAUCCGCAUCCAUUGAUGAAGUUUACAGCUUACACGUUGAUUUUAAUUAGCACCGUGUGGUUGGCGUUCGAAAUGUUCUGUUGUAUUACUCGUGAGAACUAUUUCGAUGAUGAGGUCUAUAAAAAUGAGCAAUAUUUGUCAAAUUUGAUACAAGCAAAGCAGCUGUCCGAAGAUAUACGUGCGCAAAUAAAAGACUACUUUAACUUUAUUCCGGCAAAAAUAAAACUGAUGGAACAAAAAAACAGCUUGAACCUAUCGUUGCCAACUGUUUUGAAAGAUGAAAUAAGAUGGCAGAGCUUCAGCCGGUACGUGUUACGGAUACCUUACUUCAGCGACUGGCCGAAGGAAGUCAUUGAAAAGUUAGUUCGUUUGAUAACUGAACAAAUCUACCUGAAGAACGAUUUGAUUGCAGAGGUGGGGGUGCCAGCCGACGGUCUGAUGAUACUGUAUGCUGGUGUACUGGCAGUGUACUCUCUUCAGAACGAGGAAGUGGGCCACCUCAUCGACGGUGACUAUUUCGGAGAACUGUCGCUCGUGACUGACAGAGAGAUCAAGACUUCACACGUCAUAGCGGUCUCCGACUGCAAGAUCCUGGUCGUAGAAAAGAUUUCCUUCAGGCAUAUGAUGAGGGAUUAUCCGAAGCUUUUUUAUUCCUUGCGAUUAAAACUGAAGAGGAAGUAUAAUGCUUGGCCUGUCGCCAGAUUGAGCUAAUAAAUCUUUUAUGCG